AUGUCCGCCAGCGAAGCCAGCAAGGCGCUCACCAAGCCCAUCAACCCCGACCAGAUCCUCAAGGACGUCGCACUCCACGGCGCCGUGAACGACCAGACGAAGAAGAUCAUUAGCAAGGAUGCCUCAGUCUUCUUAGCAGUUCUGCACCGUUCCUUCAACCAGAGGCGGAAGGAGCUCUUAAAUCGACGUCUGCAGCGCCAGGCAGAGCUCGACAAGGGCGCUCAGCUUGAUUUCCUGCCAGAGACGAAGCAUAUCCGUGAGAACGAGGCAUGGAAGGGCGCACCGCCAGCUCCGGGGUUGGUGGACCGCAGGAUUGAGAUUACGGGGCCGACGGAUCGCAAGAUGGUUGUGAAUGCGCUGAACUCAGACGUGUGGACGUAUAUGGCGGACUUUGAGGAUGCCAGCGCACCAACAUGGGACAACAUGAUCAACGGCCAGCUCAACCUCUACGACGCCAUCCGAGGUCAAGUCGACUUCAAGCAAGGCGAGAAAGCCUACAACCUCCGUACCGACCGCGUCCUCCCCACCCUCAUCGCACGACCACGCGGCUGGCAUCUCGAGGAGAAGCACUUCACCGUCGACGGCGAGCCCAUCUCCGCCAGCCUCUUCGACUUUGGCGUCUACUUCUUUAACAACGCCGAAGAGCUCGUCAAGCGCGGCCGAGGCCCUUACUUCUACCUCCCCAAAAUGGAAUCCCACCUCGAAGCACGCCUCUGGAACGACGCCUUCAACCUCGCCCAAGACUACAUUGGCAUGCGGCGCGGCACCAUCCGCGGCACCGUCCUCAUCGAAACCAUCACGGCCGCCUUCGAGAUGGACGAGAUCAUUUUUGAACUCCGCGACCACUCCGCGGGCCUCAACUGCGGCCGCUGGGACUACAUUUUCUCCUUCAUCAAACGCUUCCGCCAGAACUCGCAGUUCGUGCUCCCGGAUCGCGCGAGCGUCACCAUGACUGUGCCUUUCAUGGACGCCUACGUCCGUCUGCUGAUCAAGACCUGCCAUCGCCGCGGCGUCCACGCCAUGGGCGGCAUGGCGGCGCAGAUCCCGCGCAAAGACGACAAGGCCGCCAACGACGCCGUCAUGGAAUCCGUGCGCGCGGACAAGAUGCGUGAAGUCCGUGCCGGACACGACGGGACGUGGAUCGCGCAUCCGGGUCUCGCCCCAGUCACUGCUGAGGUUUUCAAUACGCACAUGCCGACCCCCAACCAGAUCUUCAAGCGCCGCGACGACGUGCACGUCACCGCCAACGACCUGCUCAACACCAACGUCCCCGGCAAAAUCACCGAAGACGGCAUCCGCAAGAACCUCUCCAUCGGGCUCGGGUACAUGGAAGGCUGGCUGCGCGGCAUCGGAUGCGUGCCGAUCAACUACCUGAUGGAAGACGCCGCUACGGCGGAAGUCUCGCGGAGUCAGCUGUGGCAGUGGUGCAGACACGGUGUGCCGACCGAAGGAGGCAAGAAGCUGGAGAAGGACUAUGCGUUGAAGUUGUUGAAGGAGCAGACGGAGGAGUUGGAGAAGAAUGCGCCGAAGGGGAAUAAGUAUGCUGUGGCGAGCAAGUAUAUGGCGACGCAGGUUACCGGGGAGGAUUACGAUGAGUUUUUGACUUCGCUGUUGUACGACGAGAUCACGAAUGUGAGUGGCAAGACUCCUGCUGCGAAGUUGUAA